AUGCUGCUGCUGCUCACGCCCCAUUGCACCUCAUGCAUCAGGCUGGGGUGUUAUUACUGAGACCCUAAUCUGGGACCAGGGCUCCACUGUGCCCAACACCAAAGGGAAAAGCAGUGUCCUGCAGGCAGUGGGGGAUGAGCCCAAGUGACUGAAACACCAGAAGGCACACAUAGCAAAGACCAGAAGAGGGCAAAGGGAAUGGGGGAGAACAAAGCAAAGCAGGAUGCUCCCCACCCUCCACCCAGCCCCAAGGGCCAGGGAUCCCCAGCACAGCACUGCUCAGAGCAGACCUUGGCCUCCCGCUUCGUUCCCUUUGUUGCCCACACUGGGGGCCAGGAACCCGACUCCUUCAAGUUCCUCUUCUACACACGGCACUGCUCCAACUCAUACAGCCCUUUCUACACCUCACAGAGGCCGACCUGUGGGUACCUCUUUCACCAUGACACCGAUCACACCAAGAAGGUGAUAGAUGUCCAGAGCGCUAACAUCAUGAAAUGGGGACCCAUCCCAACUCGAAGCCGUAAUGCAGAGCAAUAA